AUGGAUCACUUAGGGGCGCACCACCUCCACCAGAGCCACGCCGAGCCCAUUAGCUUUGGAAUCGACCAGAUCCUGAACAACCCGGACCAAGGCAGCUGCAUGAUCUCCAACGCGCGGCUGCAGGACGCGGCGGACUACGGCCUGGGAGGAUGCGUGGUGAGCAGUGCCUACAACCCCAUGAGCGGCGGUCACUACGGCUCGGCCCCCGGCGGUGGAGGGUCCUCCUCCGCCGGGGGCUACAGCAACGGCGGCGCCUGCAGCAUGGCUUCGCUGGCGGGCUCCUACAACCUCAACGUCGGGGCCAUGAACGGAAAUAACCUCACCGCGGCCGGGGGCGUGAUCCGAGUGCCGGCACACAGACCCAUGGCCGGCGGCGUCCCCCAGCCACUCCCCACUGCCGUGCCCACCGUGAACAACCUGACGGGGCUGACCUUCCCCUGGAUGGAGAGCAACAGGCGCUACACCAAGGACCGCUUCACGGGUCACCCCUACCAGAACCGGACGCCCCCCAAGAAGAAGAAACCGCGCACCUCCUUCACCCGUCUGCAGAUCUGUGAACUGGAAAAGCGCUUCCAUCGACAGAAGUACCUGGCCUCAGCCGAGAGGGCGGCUUUAGCCAAGGCUCUGAAAAUGACUGAUGCCCAAGUCAAGACCUGGUUCCAGAACCGGAGAACAAAAUGGAGGUAA